AUGACUAGUGCAACUUCUAUUGGAUCACCUUCUUCAUCGAAUGUCAGUAAUUAUAAAGGCCACACAUUCGGAAAUUGAAAAACGCCGAGUAGAGUGUUUUUUUUUUCGAUUUCCCAACAAUAUGACUAGAAAAACAUUUUUUGUUCUAACAGAAGCAGGAAGAAUUUUCCUGUUCUCAGAUUUCAUUUUCCUCCCGGAACAAGGAGGUCAAUUCAAUUCAAGUUCAAUUUUUUCUCUUUUUUUCAGACAACAAGUCAACCAGAAGCUGAAAUGUGUGAAGAACGUUAUCGUUUAGUUGUUUUGGGUUCAGCCAAAGUUGGCAAAACCAAUAUUAUUCGACGAUAUUUGUACAAUGAUUUUUCGACCAAAUAUAAGGAAACUAUUGAGGAUUUGCAUUCAAGAGAAUUUCGAAUUCAAGUGAGUUAUUUUAUUUUUAUAUACUCUUAUAUAUUUUGAAAAUAGACGAGAUAAAAACCAAAAAAAAAGAAAAAGCGUAAUUUUUUGACUCUUGAUUGGCAGAGUCUUGACAUAAACAAAUUAAUUGUGUUUUGCACUUUUUUUCUAGAAAAAUUCAUAAUUUUUAUGCGUUUGAAGAUGAUAAAUGAGACUAGACUAGAUUUUCAAUGAGAGAAAAAGUACAUAGUUCUUUAUGCUGCAGGUGUAAAAAAUAUGAGUCAUAAGUUUGAAGAAUUGGUAUGAUUGCUAGACCUCAAAAUUCACCGGCAGAUCAAAAAUAUUUCACACUAAAACAUGCAAGAUCUACAUUAAUGUUAUACCAAUUUUAGAACCCUUUGUCAGGGCUUAAAAAUACGGUGCACCUGCACCUGGAACACAGUAUGUAAUUUACUAGUCCAAAGAAGAAAAUAUGGUAGAUCAAAUGUGUUUUGCUCUAAAAUCUUACUUUCACCAUAAAGCUUCGUCAAUUUUUGUCCGCCUUUUCUGACAAAUCACGGAAAAUUUUUUCUGGUACACUUCGGGAAAUCCAAUGUCUUUUCUCGAACUUCAAAUGAUCUACAGUAAAAAUUCUUCAAUCUCAUCAAAUCUUGAGCUAAUUUGCAGGGCGUUCCACUUCCUCUCGACAUUCUUGACACGAAUUUCAAUUUUCCGGAUAUGCGAAGAUUAUCGAUCGCAUCAGCGUCAGCUUUUCUUCUUGUUUUCUCGGUUGAUGAUGUUACCAGUUUCAAAGAGGUACCUAAUUUGCAUAAAAAAUGGUCUUGUUCAUUAACUAAUUAACAAGAUAAUUUUUUUCAGAUGUCUGAUAUUUGGCAAGAAAUCUGUGCUCGUAGACCAGAUAUCAAUGAGCUUCCAGUUGUGGUUGUUGGAAACAAGUGUGACGUGCCAACAAAAAAAGUAGCGUUUUCUUUCCAUUAUUUUUAGAUACAGCAAAAAUAUGAUAAUCCGAUUUUAGAUAUAUGAGGAAACAGCACGUGCUUUUACUAAUCGGCUAAGUGCCGAUGUCAGAUAUAUCGAAGUGUCGGCUAAAGAUAACAUACGGAUUACUGAAGUGUUUCGCACUCUUCUCGAGCUUAGCGGUUAUCCAAAGUGUAAGGUAUGUAAGACAAGGAAGUGAUAUUGAUAAAUUAUAAGUGAUUACAAUUUUUUUUAGGUUGGCGGGGGUGGUCUUGAAGACGUUGCAGAAGGAAAUGAAGAUGACAAAUCACCAUCUUUACGUAGAGCUCAAACAAUGCGUGCAAAACAAAUGAAACGUGACACUCAAAAACAGAUUAUUGAAGAGAAAAAUGGGACAGGAACCAAGACACCACCAUUGGACAAACAAGUUUCACACCCAAUUUUGGCGGUUCCAAUGCAUAUUGGAGAUUUGAAAAGAAACUUGUCAUUGAGAGUAAGAAAAAUAAAGGGAAAGAGAGAACUAGAGAAAAAUCUGGAACACAUAUAUUUGAAUUUUUAUCGAUCCUGACUGAAGAUGAUUUUAGAAUUUAAAUACUUUGAAAAAAACUCUGGAUUUGAGACCGCGAUAAUAUUUCAAUAUCAAAAUAAAACGCAUCAGAGAUUUUUUUCUGAAGGUCUUUAUUUUCAGAACCAAAAAAAACAAUUUCAGAUGAAAUCUCCUCGCCGUGACAAAGACAAGGACAAGGAAAAAGACGCGGUUGAACGACAUUUCUCCGAAGACAGCUCAAAAAUGUCCAGAAGUUACAGCAUCAUCAGGUACUUUUACCCUAAAAUCCUCAUCUCACCGUCUUUUUUUUUCAGACGCACAAAACACUUGUCGUUGAAGAUGCGUCGCCAUGGUGAAAAAGGAACAAACGAGGAAAUUGUCGAUGAAAGUGAUUGUAAAAUUCAAUAA